AAUUGCGUCAUCGUCUCGGGUACUUCGAGAAACUGUGUCGCCAUCGCCGCCGUCGUCGUGGUUGUAGCCUUAUUUUUGGCCUAAACCCACCUUCCCUGUCUUCCACACACACACACACCCCUCGGCGUAGUCAGCAUGGCCAGCAUCGACAAUAAGAAGCGUAUCUCAUACUGGUACUUUGGUGGGCUGGCCAGUGCCGGCGCGGCAUGCUGUACCCAUCCGCUGGAUCUGCUGAAAGUAACACUGCAAACACAGCAGGAAGGCAAAAUAUCAUUGCUCCAGCUGACCGGGAAGGUGGUGCGCACGCAAGGCGUACUGGCACUCUACAAUGGACUGUCGGCUUCGCUUUUGCGCCAGCUGACCUACUCCACGACACGGUUCGGCAUCUACGAGGUUGGCAAACAAGCGAUGGGCAACGACUCUGGGUUUCUCGCCAAAGCAGCUUUAGCGGGAGCGGCCGGAGCGGCGGGCGGUUUCGUCGGUACACCCGCCGACAUGGUGAACGUCCGUAUGCAAAACGAUAUCAAGUUGCCAGCCGAACAGCGAAGAAACUACAAAAAUGCAAUCGACGGCCUAUUACGUGUGUACCGGGAGGAGGGCUUCGGGCGGCUCUUCUCCGGUGCCUCGACAGCAACGUCCCGUGCUGUGUUCAUGACGAUUGGUCAGCUGUCGUUCUACGAUCUGGUGAAGGAUCUACUGCUGACGUCGGGCUACUUCGGCGAUAAUCUCACGACGCAUUUCCUGUCGUCUUUGACGGCCGGUGCCAUCGCAACCACGCUGACACAACCACUCGACGUACUCAAGACGCGUGCCAUGAACGCCAAGCCGGGAGAGUUCAGCAGCGUUUGGGACAUUGUCCGCUUCACGGCCCGGCUCGGACCGCUUGGGUUCUUUAAGGGUUACGUGCCGGCGUUUGUCCGUCUCGGCCCGCACACCAUUCUCACGUUUGUGUUCCUGGAGCAGUUGCGUAUGAACUUUGGCUACCUGAAACCAACGACGAAGGAGAACUAGGGACCACAGUCCACUAACACCACUAAUGUUACGGGUUACCGUGCGCUUUUAGAGCAAUUUGACACAUUCCACUAACGAACACGGAGCAAUAGUCAGUGGCCAACUCAGUGGGCCCAUCGAUACCGCAGUGCCAGGCGGUAUUGUGCUUGUUUUAGAACUGUAACCACUCUGUUUUUACAUUUUCCUUUGCAUAUUGGCGUCUAGGUAGUCACCUCACGUGGUAGUUAAACUAAACCGCGAUUAAGUGAGGUGCUUGGAGGGAAAGCAAAUAUAUUUAUCAAUGUUGGCUAACGG